AUGGUUGAAGUAAAGAAAUAUCAUCUUCCCCCUACAUCUCUUGUCCCCAACUCACCACAACCGCUGCUCCACUACCCAGGCCUUUUGUCUUCAAAAUCAGCAACUAUUUGUGAUGACAGUAUAGCCAUCAAGGCGCACGAUCUCUUUUCAAUCAAUGGUUGGGAGACACAAUGGAUCUUCCGCUACGGUCCAACACAGACCUCUCAUUACCACUCUGGAGUCCAUGAAUGCAUGGCUGUCCUGACUGGUACCGCCAAAAUUCGCUUCGGGGUUGCUGACACAGCAGAAGACAUGGAAGAGAACACUCAUGGCCACGGCAGAGAGGAAGGGGGGAUCGAGGUCGAAGCUGGUGUAGGCGAUGUUUUCAUCCUCCCCGCAGGAACAGCGCAUAAGACCUUCGAUACCUCUCCGGUGAAGGAGUUUAAACUGCUGACUCCUGGCGACGGUCACCAUAUCUUAGCCAAAGGAUCAGAUGUGAGGGAAACAUUGGCACACGUCCAGCUGGAUGGGUUCACGAUGGUCGGCGCCUAUCCCAAAGGCGGAGGGGAAUGGGACUUCGCUAAAGGUGGCGAGAAUCAAGGUGAAUACGAGAAGGUCUGGUCAGUUCCCAAGCCUGAAAACGAUCCUGUUUUAGGAAAGGCGGAGGAAGGGCUUUGUGGCCAGUGGCGGUAG